AGCGCGGGCUUUGUGAGAAUGAAGAUUGAGUUUCACACAGACUAAAACUUCCUCCUGUGUCCAACAUCUAAUAUUAGAAGAGGAAGAUUUGUAGAUAGAAAACCAAACAUCACACCAAGAUUGGGACAUGAGUGUCAACGGCCUUUGAAUCUGGAGAGAGACAUGUUUGUUCUGCCUGCAUCAAAUGAUUAUGAACAACAGUGUGACUGGAAAAGCACCGAGAGAGUGUUCCAGUGCAUUGACUCUGGUAAAAGCUUCAACCAGUGACACAGCCUGAGAAAACAUUGCACCAUUCACAACAGGGUUCUGUGAACUAUAUGAGGGCGAGGCUUCAACUGAUCACCAAACCUGGAGAGUCACAAGGACACCAACAUCAUGGAGAAACCAUGGAAAUGUGGGGACUGUGGGAACGGAUUCAAAUCCCCAUCUGCGCUGGAGAUUCAUCGACGCAGUCACACUGGAGAGAAGCCAUUUAUCUGCUCAACAUGUGGGAAAGGAUUCAGUAAUUCAUCCACGUUGCAUGCACACCAGCGAGUUCACACUGGGGAGAGGCCAUUCACCUGCUCUGAAUGUGGGAAGAGAUUCACUCGGCAAUCCCACCUGCAGACACACCAGCAAGUUCACACUGGGGAAAGGCCGUUCACCUGCUCUGUGUGUGGGAAAGGGUUCAUUCAUUCAGGCAACCUGCAGACACACCAGCGAGUUCAUACUGGAGAGAGGCCAUUUACCUGCUGCACGUGUGGGAAGGGAUUCAGUGAUUCAUCCACCUUGCACAGACACGAGCCAGUUCACACUGGAGAGAGGCCGUACACCUGCUCUGAGUGUGGGAAGGGAUUCGCUCGGCAAUCCCACCUGCAGACACACCAGCGAGUUCACAACGGGGAGAGGCCCUUCACCUGCUCUCAGUGUGGGAAGAGAUUCAGUCAUUCAGGCAACCUGCUGAAACAUGAGCGAGUUCACACUGGGGAGAAGCCGUUCACCUGCAGUCAGUGUGGGAAGGGAUUCACUUGGUUAUGCAGCCUGCAGACACACCAGCGAGUUCACAGUGGGGAGAGGCCAUUCAGCUGCUCUUUGUGUGGGAAGGAAUUCAGUGAAUUAUCCACCCUGGGGAAGCACCAGCGAGUUCACACCGGUGAGAGACCGUUCACCUGCAAUGAGUGUGGGAAGGGAUUCACUUGGUUAUCCAGCUUGCUCAGACACCAGCGAAUUCACAAAUGAUUACAGGGGUUGGGUUCUGCUGUUAUUGUUGCUGUUAAUUACAUCCAGGACUGACCCAUGUUUAUUCUGACACUUGGUGAAGCGGGAGGGACAGAGGGCUUCUUCCUGUUGUUGUCUGACAGGUGGUUUCAAAGAAAAUUGAACAGAAUUUUGACAAUGUGAGGGAAAUCGUAUUCAUGGAAGAAUUUAAAAACCACAUUUCAUGAGCUUUCAGGGCAUAUCUGCAGAUCCCGUAAGGUUUUUAAUAUAAAGGAAGCUGCUGUUUUAGCUGAAGGCUAUGAUUUAACUCACAGACACCUGGCUGGCAGCAAACCACACGUUGGAAAGGUGGGUCGUAUGAGAAUGAACAGAACUUGUGGUAAGGACAAUAGGAAUGAAAAAAGAGAUUCUCCCCAGGGUGGUAAAAAAAAUCUAGUGUAGAGCAUAUUACUGAGUCAGAAAGACCAACAUGUUUUCACUGUCAUAGAGUUGGACAUUUAAAUACAGCUUAUUGGAAAUUAAAAACUAAACCAGUAGCAUUGUUGAAAGUGGCUGGUGUUUCUCCAGAGAAUGUUGUACCAGAGAGGGAAGCUUGUGAGAAAUCAAUACCUUCUAAUGUAUUUACCAUGGGUGUAGAGACAUAAGGGAUUAUGAAGGAUUUCUAUUUGAAGGGGAAGUCACUCCCAGAAAGAGCCUGAAAGAUUGUUAUCCUGUGAGAUACUGGUUUAGCUCAGUGCUAAAUAUUUAGACUUUUCUUCAAAAAGCUCACUGAAUAAAAAUGUAUUGGUACGGGGUAUUGAUGGGGAGUGUGUGACUAUCCCAUUGUGUAGAAUGAAUUUAAACUAUGCUUUAGUAAAAGGCUCUGUUAUUGUUGAUGUUGCUUCUAAAUUACUGAUUACAGAUGUAGAUUUUAUAUUGGGGAAUGAUUUAGCAGGUGAUAUUGUUUUUCCACUUUCUGGGACUGUGAUCACAGUUCAGAAGAUGUUCCUGUGAGUAAAAAGCCCUCACCUAUUAGUGACCCAGUUCAGCAACAAACUGAUACAAGUAAAGAUAUUGAUGUAUCCACUUUAGGACUGGACAGUGCAGAGUCAGGCAAAGUGCCUGAAGCAUUUCAAGAUAAAAGUCCACCACAGAAGGGACUAAGUCCUCAAAGUCACCCUGAAAGGUUAAUGACCCCUAACACUGAAUUACAUGUAGCUGCCAGUGCUGGGGCAGAACAAGAUAUAGGAGCAGCAGGAGUUCAGGCAAAUGGACAGUUCACAAAAAGAAACAUUUAAAACCCCAAAAUGAUUGGAAUGAAGGAGUUUGUGAGCGACGUGGAAGAUUCAAAAAGCUUGAAUAAAGAUGAAAGUCCAGAAUGAAAAAGCUGUCGACAUUGCUGGAAAGGAAUGAAAUAAAACUGGGUCUGAAUGGGCACACCUUUAAUAAACCUUUGGGAUGUUCCCAGGAACAGAAGUGAAUGAACCUUCAAGAUAUCAUUGAGUAUAAGGGAACUCAUGGGGAGAAGUUAAAAAGUAGAAAGGGGUUCAUUGCAUAAACUAUAGUGUUAAGUUCACAGUGCUGGUUUUUAUUAUUGUUUUAUUUUAUAUCUACAGUAAAGUUUGUUUUUGUUUAAAAAUGUGGAAUCUUGUGACAAUUCUUUCAGUUAAUCACUGGGUGUCCGAAUUUCUGUUUAAAGGUUAACUGUCCAAACUGGGAUCGUAACAAUACGCACAAGCAAUAUUUCAAAAUAAAUCAAAGAGGA